AUGAGCCAAGGUACUGAUAACAUAGUCAAAUCAUCUGUUGUUGCAGGGACUGUGGCUCUUCUUUCCUCCUUCAUUUCUCCUUGGAUCCUGCCUUGGUCAAUUCUGGUUGUAUUGGUGCAUGAAAUACGUGACCUUUGCUGGUAUGGGAUUCCAUAUCGAGGUGCUUCAUGGUUAAGAGAGGAGCCCAUGGAAAAAAUAUGGGAGCGCGUAAUCUUAGUACCAGCAUGUGGUGGUUUGAUUGUUGGCAUGUUGAACAUGCUUCGAGGCACUCUAGAGGUCCCUACAGAAGGUAUUUUGAUAUCUCGAAUAAAAGCUGCACUGGAACCAAUUUUGAAAACUGUGGCUGCUUGUGUCACCCUUGGUACGGGGAAUUCAUUGGGGCCGGAAGGACCAAGUGUCGAGAUAGGUGCAUCUAUAGCUAAAGUAGUGGGUAUUUUGUUUGAUAGAGGUUCUCAUAGAAGGCUUUCUCUUCGGGCUGCCGGGUCAGCUGCUGGAAUCUCUUCUGGGUUCAAUGCUGCUGUGGCUGGUUGCUUUUUUGCUGUAGAGUCAGUUUUAUGGCCAUCACCAACAGAAUCAUCCUUGUCACAGACAAAUACAACUUCAAUGGUCAUACUCAGUGCUGUAAUUGCUUCAGUAGUUUCAGAAAUUGGUCUUGGCUCUGAACCUGCCUUUACAAUCCCAAAUUAUGAUUUUCGUUCACCAAGUGAUGUUGUGAGGCUUGGUUUCCAAUUUGUUGCAUUAUGCAAGUGCCGAUUUGAACUUGGCACAUCCCUGUGUGUUGCCCAACCCUCUUAG